AUGUAUUCCACAGUCGAGCACGUCCGCUUUCUCAGCACCGCUUACACAUCAAAAGCAUAUCUUACAGCAUCGGCCGAAAACAAUAUCAUUGUCACAUCUUCACCUCCUCGUCAACACCCACACGAUCACCCCGAAGUGUGGAUACUCAAGCCUAUUCUAUUUCCCAUCGCAUGGGUGGGUUCGUAUCGUAUAUUUAACAUGAGCCAUCCUCAGCAUGCGAUAAAAGCAAGCGACUGUUCUCGAAUGGGAAUAAAUAUCACACUUGCACCAUAUAACGAGGAAACAGAUUCACGCAAUCCUGAAUUUGUAUGGAAAUUGCAGACAAUUGCCGACAGUCGAAUGCUUGUAAGACCCAUAGUUGCAUGGAAUCUCAAUUGGAGCGUACCUGGGAACGGCAAAUAUCCUGAUCCCGCAAGAGUUAUACUUUGGGAACAUCUCGGUGGGUUUGGCAACGAGACCUGGGUAAUAGAACACACCACACCAAAGGUUAUUUGUAGUUAG